GACACUGCAGGGGGAAAUGAAAAGCCACAGGCAAUGGAUUAAACAUUUCAGGCUGCUCAGGAGAAGUCCGGUGCUUGCAAUUUCGUCACUGCUCCUGCUGUACUUUGUGGUGCUAUGGACAUACUAUUCUGGAGAGGUGCGAGGAGGUGCACGCCCUCCCAGCCCUCGCAUACAGCACCUGAACAGAACCCAGCACCCAGCUUGGUCACCUCAAGCUCCCCCUGCUGUCAGUGAGCAUGAAUGGCAGAAGGUCAUGAAGAUCACCAAGUGGGCUGUACCAGAGCAUCAAGUCACCCUUGUGAACAAAAGCACAAGUCCUGGCGAUUCCACUUUUACUAUUCAGAACUUCAAGCAGAACUACUCUGUGGGUGAGGAGCUUCUUGUCACCAUCUUUGCCAAGGACUUCACUGGUCAGCCAAAGCACUAUGGAGGAGACUUUUUCCAGGCAAAGGUUCAUUCAUACACAUUAAAGGCCAGUGUGUUCGGAGAGGUUGUAGACCAUCAGAAUGGGACAUACUCAGUCCGGUUCAUCCUGCCAUGGGCGGGUGAAGCGUUCGUGGCAGUCCUCUUGGUCCACUCCAGUGAAAUCAUACUGGCUUUGAAACAGCACUGGAACACAGACACCGACCAGGUCUACUACACUGGCUUCUUUGUCAGCAAGACCUCUAAGAAUGGUACCCAAGUGGAGCAGACGGAGGAGACGAUUUGUAACAUCAAGUGGCCUGGGGUGUUUCCGGGUGGCACAGAUUACAUGGCCCGGAAAAACUGCUGCUGCGAGUAUGGAGAUGCCCACACAGGGCUGAUGUGGCAGUGCCUCCGUCCAAGAACUCUGCCCUGUGACGCUCUGAUGUACCAUGGUGGAAAUAAGGACUCCGACCAUUUUACACCCUUGGAGAAGAAUCUCACGGAAAGAAAUCAGUUCCUGUGGCUCAACGGAGAUAAUCGUCAGAUCAAUAUAAUGUCUACAAAUGCAACUGUUGGUAUGCUGCUACUACUCCACAUAAAUACACCGGACAGAGGAGAGAGGAGAACAUGCAAGGCUGGACUGCCCACUCCAGUACCUGCAGGGUUCUACUUCAACGAUGUCUGGACAUCAUUCGUGUGUGCCACUAGUCAUUUUCAAGGCAAUGACUCAGCAGCAUGUCUGAAGGACAAACACAUACAUAUCAUUGGAGACUCCACCAUCCACCAGUGGUUUGACUACCUCGUCAAGACCAUGCCUACCCUAAAGUCUAUGAACCUUCACUCUGUGGGACAGGUGGGCCCACAUAUGGCAGUGGAUGUGGAGAACAACAUUGACAUUCACUGGCGAACACAUGGUCUUCCCUAUCGCAGCCCGAAAGCUAAAAUGUCAUCUUUUCAGUAUAUCGAAAAGCUCAUUGACGAAAUGGAUGGUGGGCCGCAAACUGUCCUUGUGUUCACCAUGUGGGCUCACUACACCAGCUUUCCGCUGUCCUACUUUGUCCACCGCGUGUCACUUGUGCAUCGCGCAGUUGCAUCACUGUUGAGACGAGCGCCACUGACCAAGAUUAUCAUCAAGUCUGCCAACACGGCUUAUAUGAUCAAGUAUCGCAGCGAUUGGCUCUUCUUUAUGCUUGAUCGAGUCGUGCGUGAAGCAUUCCGUGACAUGGAUGUGUACUUCCUGGAUGUGUGGCAGAUGACAUCCUGUCACUACCUGCCUUACGACCUCCAUCCUGAAGAGGUCAUCAUCAAGAACGAAGUUGACAUCCUGCUCUCCUUUAUAUGUCCCAAGUAA